AUGCGGUUCUACUUGAUCUGCUUGGCGAUAGUGGCCUUUUGCAGAGCCGACACGUCUUAUGUCAACUGUUUUGCGAGUUUACCAUCUGAUUUCAGCUUCAACAACAACAACCAAUAUCAGACGAGCUCAUUGUGCUACGAGGCAUGCAAAGCGAAAAAUGCGAAAUACUUGGCGCUACACAACGGUGGAGACUGCUAUUGCGGGAGCUCAGACCCCUCCAGCAGCCAGAGCACCAGCUCUCAGUGUAAUGUGAAAUGUAAUGGGUACGGACAGGCUAUGUGUGGUGGUACAUCAGAAUAUUCAGUAUAUGGGCUCACAGAGAACAUGGGAAGUGGAUCGAGCUCCGGAUCACAAUCUGCGUCGUCUGCGGCGUCAUCGUCGUCGUCUUCAUCUUCGUCCUCGUCGUAUUCAUCAUCGUCGUCGUCUUCUUCCUCGUCAUCGUCUUCAUCAUCUUCAGCUUCGUCGCCUUCAACUUCCACUGCAGCUUCGACUUCUUCGUCUACACCCCAGUCAAGCUCACAGACAACAAGCUCAGGGAGUGCAAGUAAUGGAUCCGGCUCGCCAACUUCUUCCGGGUCAGCCUCUGCUGCCACGAAUAACGUCGUGACUUCGACUCAUACGUCCGGUGGCUCGCUUCUACUCGUUACACAAACCGUUACAACCAGCCCAUCUUCUUCUACAUCGAACAGCAACGAUGGCAGCAACAACAACAAGUCCAAUAAAAAACCCAAGAAUUUGGGCGCCAUUAUAGGCGGGGUGGUGGGAGGUGUUUGUGGCGCUGCCGCAAUUGCCGUGCUUGUUCUACUCUUCCUGCGGCGUACAAGCAAAAAACGCGAACAGGAGCGGAUGGAGAAAGAGUAUCAGGAAGCUAUCAAACCUGUCGAUUUUGACGAAACGUUGUACCGUUCGUCGGUAUCAACGGCAAAGGGCCCCAAUCCGUUCGAUGACGCUCGUCGGAUCAGCAACGGGUCCCUAUUAGUAGACCAGGCCGGUGCACCUGAUCCGAAUGCUCAGAAAACGCUCACAGUUGCCAAUCCCGAUGCGUAA